CCGGAGCGGCGAAAUCUGCUAAAAAAAAGGGUCGCUACUGGAGAAAAAGUGAGAGAGAGAGAAAAAGCGAGCGAGAAUUUCCAUUCCUACCAAAACAGAAUGUGUAUUUUGAGGAACUUCUGGAGUCUCUUAUGUUCAGUAUAUGAAGCACUGUAAACCAUUCGAAAGGAGAUAUACGAAGGGGAUAUUGAAUUAUGGGCAGCUUUUCUUCAUUCAUGAUGUCACUGGAGUCAAACUUUAUGUUGUCACAGGAAGGGAGUUCUAAAUAGAAUAUCUGUUCCAAAGUAGCUGCAACCAGCAGCUCUAAAGCGUACAACAGGAUAACAAAGGGUGACUUGAGUAAAUACCGGUCCCAAGGCACUUCGUAGGAACAUUUGACACUGAGCCAAAUGAGAUAUUAGGACAUAUGAUGAAAAGUUUGGACAAUGAGAGUGAAGAUUCCUUUCUUUGUGUGUGAUUUGGACCAGUUCACCAGUGACAUUUCAUCAUGGGAAGAUCUUACGUCAUUGGGGAAUACAGUGAGAAAUAUCUUAAAAAACUGAAGGCAGAAGAACGAUAUGGAACAACUGGGAUUUUAUUAGGGCAGAUUACGCCAGUGAAAACCUAUAUAGUAUUUGCUGCUCGGACUCCACUUAAAGAUCACGCUGAACUUCCACCAGAAAAUCCAAAUGAAAUGAAUGCAAAUGACAUUGAGUGGGUGUCUGAGCAUGCACGACAGGUUUCCAGAAUGUUGCCAGGAGGGAUAUUGGUACUUGGAGUGUUUCUUAUCAGACCUUCAAAAAUGACAAAGGAGGAAGCUCAUGAUAUUUUUCGAAAAUUGGCAACUGCUGUCGAGGCUGCUGUCACAAAGGAAAGACUCUGGAGUUUUACAGAGGAGGAACCAGCCGAACGAGUUGUUCUCCAAGUCUAUGCUGAUUCAAAGAAAAUGAAGGUGCGAGCUUAUGAUCUUCACAAUCCACAGACUCCCAUUAAAAUGUUAGACUGUAAACCCAGCAGCUUGACAGCUCCCUGGCAGAUCAUGGAAGCCACAAUCAACGUGGAUGUUAAUAUCCCUGUACCAGUAGCUGCAGAACAUAAGUUUGACAAGGAUUCAUUGAAAGGUCUGAAUUCCUGGGCAAAACAAAUUAUGCACAGCAGUUACCUGAUAAAUGGACAGUUUAAAGAACCAGAGAACCUAAUAGGGGAAGGAUCGAAGAAGAAAUUACCAGUGGAAGUCCAGUUCCUGACAGCUCCUGUUCCUAUCGCUGAUGGUGAGGUUGAUGCUUUAAUUGAAGACUGCGGCAGCUCUGUUACUGUGAAGGGUACUGUACGCUGCAGAGCUUAUCUCCAUGGCAGUAAAUCAAAAGUAAAAGAUGCCAUACAGUCGCUAAAAAGAGAUGUGCUGAACACUGUGUUUAUCCGCUGUCAAAUGGUAUUUGAGGAUCAAAUUCUGAACAAAAAUGUUGAUGGUGAUUCUUCAAGCCUCAAAGCUCCGCACAGGGUAUUUGCCCCAGUCUUGCCUUCCGGGGUUGCUUUUUGUGAUUACGGGUUUUCAGAUGAGGGAAAUAAGGAGCUGGAAGAACAUUUUAAGGAAUUGUUGGAUUAUGAAUUAAACCCAGCACAGUUGGAUAGGACAGAAGAAGUCAUGUUGGAAGAGAUGGGGACCGAAGGAAUCCAAGAUCUAUUAAAGAAACCAGAAGAGCAGGAAAUCAUAGAAACUGGGUUUAAAUACAAGGACACCCAGGAACUGCCAUCCGCCCAGCCACAGCAGCCCGUGGAGCCAGAGGAGGAGAAGGAGCUAGAGCACAGCACUGAUGAAACGGCCCCGUCAUUUGAUAUGACAUUUGCGGCCAGCUGCCCAGAUACUUCAGCUGAACGUAUCUUGGAGGCUAUUGUUGAGCUUGCACAUGGUGUGGCAGCAGCGGCAGGUGUAGGAGUCAUCGCAGUAGCAGUCUCUGUGAUUUAUUUUGGGAACUUCAUUGGUGAAUCAGCUUAAGCACUGAUUAACAGCAUUCCAACUCCUUUUUCAAGGAACAUAUAAGAUCCAGUUCCCAUGCUUUUUUGACUGAAACUGUAUUCUCAGCUCCAUUUGAAUAAAAGCAUUACACAGAGAGA